AUGGCUACCAACCAAACCCAUCUCUCCGAGCGCGAGGCACUCGACAUCGUCCACAAUAUAACUGGAUACACCUUCAUCAACCCGGAGCCCUUCUACCAGGCGCUCCUUACGCCGAGCCCUCUCAAUCCAGAAGGAAACAAGGGCCUCGCUUUGAUUGACAGCCAGACCCUGCGGCUUGUACUUGCCACGGAAGGCUACAGACGGCAGGCUCCCAGAGGCAAAGGAUCCAUUUGUUUCUGA